CAUUGGAUCGGAUUGGAUGGGACCGGCGGAGAGGAGAGAGAAAAAAAGUUGGCGACGAAAAGAUCGGCGAUCUAGUAGGCCGCGGGAUCGCGGCGAGUUCGAAGAUUUAGCAGAAACAUCACGCCUCUUAUCGAGAGUGUGCACGUCUAUUAAUAAAAGUAACGUGUCGCGGACCGCACUCGAUCGUGAACCGUGUUCUGUGUCCGUGAAACGGAUUGCGAUACGCAUCCGACAUUGGUGUAGCUUUCACUUUUCGUAGGGGACAUAUCUGCCAUCGUAGCCGCUGCUCUUUUAGCGGGGAAGGAUGUGACUAUGAAGAUACACCGGCACGGGUGUUAGAUCGAAGCUAAAUUGAACGAGUUGACAGGGGAACAUUAAUAUCGAACGACAAGAAAUAUUGUCACCGCCAUCACCAUGAAUUUAUUCUGGAACCAAAUUUCCACCAUUGUCCUCCUUUUGCUGUUCGCUGGACAUGAAACGAAAGGGAUCGAGCAAGAUCUCGACUAUAGAUUGCCAAAAACUGUUGUCCCUUCCAGUUACGAAAUUUUACUGAUGCCAGAAUUGAAAGAUGAUUUCAAAUUCGAGGGACGCGUGCACAUCAACGCUAGUGUACGAGAAUCGACCAACACCAUAACGCUUCAUUAUAAUAAAAUGGAAAUAUUGAAAUUGACGGUCACGUGCGACAAAGAGUUGCAAGAGAUCGCGAAAACGUCGUACGACAAUGUAACGGAGAAAUAUGAGAUUACGCUUAAUAACGAGCUGAUCCCGGAAACAAUUGUUUCGAUUAAUAUUGCGUACCGAGGAAAUCUUAGGGACGACAUGAUUGGAUUUUACAGAAGCUCGUACUUCGAUUCCAAAGGAACUCUCAGGUGGCUCGCUUCCACGCAAUUCCAAACAACACAUGCAAGGCAUGCUUUUCCUUGCUUCGACGAACCAAGCUUCAAGGCAAAAUUUAUAAUCAGAAUUUUGAGGCCAGCAGAAUAUACUUGCCUAAGCAAUAUGCGACUAAAGAGUACCAUAAAAGUAGAGCAAGGUUAUUGGGACGAAUUCGAGGAAAGCAUCCCUAUGUCGACCUAUCUGGUAGCCUUCGUCAUCUCGGAAUUCGAGGCCGUGAAAAUGAAGGGACUCGAAAAUUUCAACGUUUGGGCCAGGCCAGAGGCCAUCGAUCAGGCCAAAUACGCUUUGACGAUCGGCGUACAAGGUCUCGAAUAUCUUUCCAACCGUUUCCAACAAAAUUAUCAACUUCCCAAGAUGGACAUGGUGGCCGUGCCCGAUUUCUCAGCAGGCGCGAUGGAGAAUUGGGGCCUCAUCACCUAUCGUGAAUCAAGAUUGUUGUACGACGAGGCUACGAGUUCGGACAUCGCGAAACAAAACAUCGCCUCGGUGAUUAUCCACGAGUUAACCCACAUGUGGUUUGGAAACAUGAUCACCCCCGAAUGGUGGAGCUACCUGUGGCUGAGCGAAGCGUUUGCCAGAUACUUUCAAUAUUUUGCCACUGCGCAGGUGGAGAAAACGUGGAACAUGGAGGAACAAUUCCUCGUGGAACAACAUCACACGGCUUAUGCGUCCGACGGGAUCGAGACUUCUCAACCUAUGACCCGAGAUGUGAAAAAUUCAUCGCAAAUUAGCAGUAUAGGAGACACGAUUACUUAUAACAAAGGAGCGAGUAUUGUACGAAUGAUGAAUCUCAUUUUUGGAUCCGAAGUGUUCGAUGCCAGCCUUCAAAAUUAUCUGAUUGCUAACAAACUGGCUAAAGUAGCGAAACCAGAAAAUCUGUGGCUGGCGCUGCAAACGGAAAUCAAUCGCCAGAAACCACCGUACAACGUGUCCGUCGCCCCGAUCAUGACCACAUGGACGGAGCAGCCCGGAUUUCCGGUCGUAAGCGUUGCCAUCAAGAAUGGCGUGGUCACAUUGCAACAACAACGCUUCCUCCUCAGGAAUCUCAAGUCCACACCUACCAACUUGAGGUGGUACAUACCGAUCACGUGGACCACGCAAGAAAAUCCAAACUUCAAUAGAAUAAACGUGGAGCAUUGGUUGCAAGAUGAACGCGACACGAUUAACAUCAGUCAAUCCUCGGGAUGGGUGAUAUUUAACGUCCAAAGUGCCGGUUUCUAUCGAGUGAAUUACGAUAACGAGUCCUGGUAUCGUAUUAUCAAAGUUCUGAACAGCAAAAAUUACGCGGACAUACACGUUCUUAACAGAGCCGCCAUAGUCGACGAUUUAUUAAAUUUAGCCAGAACUGGUUUCCUUCCUUAUGGAACCGCCUUCGAUGGCCUGCAAUAUCUUAAACGAGAAAAUAAUUAUUUGCCGUUCAAAGCUGUGUUCUCGGGCCUCACGUACCUCGAUCAACGAUUUUCUGGACUCGAUGAAUAUCAUAAGCAUAUAAAGGAAUUUGUCCUCCUCCUUAUCGAGGACACGUACAAACGUGUCGGGUACGUGGAUCGUCCAAGAGACGAUAGAUUAACGGUGUUAUUGAGAAACGAAUUGAACAAAUGGGCAUGCAACUAUGGCCACAAGUCCUGCGUGCAGAUUUUCACCAAAAUGUUUAGAAAUUGGAAACAGGAUAAUAUGAUAAUUGAUCCGAAUCAACGACCUGUCGCGUAUUGCAUGGGUGUAAAAUAUGGAACGACGGAAGAUUGGGACUUUUUAUGGAAACAAUAUUACGAUUCAAAUUCCGCGACCGAACAAACGGUUAUAUUGGAAGCUCUCGGUUGCACCCAGAAUACUGUGCUUUUGGAAAAAUAUCUAUUGUACGCGCUGAAGAAUUUCACGGAAAGCAGAAUUCGAAUGCAGGACAAUUCCGCCGUAUUCUCCGCAGUCUAUAGUUCGAGCGCGCUCGGCGCGGAAUUCGUGCUCGAUUUCGUUGAGAAAUAUCAAGCUGAAAUGACGAAAUUUUACAACGGAACAGACACGAUUUCGAGCAUCCUCUCGUUAGCUUCGAAACGUUUCUCGACCCAGAGAUCGGUGGACAAAUUCGAAAAUUUGAUCAAGGGCCACGAGGCAGAAUUGAAGAAUAGCUUGGACUCGUUGAACAACGCCCUCCAGAUAGCUAAAUACGAACUGUCGUGGGCGAAGAAUUACUCGAUACCGAUUACGUCGUGGUUAAUCUCGUUUAACAAAGAUCACCACGAGAGCAAAACGGAGUAUAGGCUGCCUGCGAGCGUAAAGCCAACGUCGUACGAGGUCUGGAUACAAACCGAUGUAAAUGAGUUAGAUAAUUUUACGUUCUCUGGAACUGUAUCGAUUAACGCGAUCGUUGAAGGGAAAACGCAGAAUAUCACUUUACAUUCGUCGGGGUUAGAUCACAGUGAUGUUCUCGUGCAUGUAAGAAACGAAACGGUCGCGAUUAGCAGAAUAGAAAUAAUUGAAAAAUACGAUUUCAUGGUCAUCGUGCUCAACGAAGAGUUGCAAGUCGGGCAGAAUGUACUCGUCAAGAUAGGAUUCUCGGGACGUCUGAACGAAGAGAUGCGUGGAUUUUACAGAAGCUUGUACGUAGAUGGUAAUGGUAAAACGAGAUGGUUGGCCGCCACGCACAUGGAGCCAGUCGGAGCUCGAAAGAUGUUCCCGUGUUUCGACGAACCAGCAUUGAAAGCGACUUUCAAACUGAAGGUUACCGUGCCAAAAAAUUUUAACGCGGUCAGUAAUAUGCCGAUUGAUGAGGAGCUAAGUCAGGGCGAAAGGAGAGAGAUCAGUUUCGCGAAAACGCCGAAAAUGUCGACAUACUUGUCCGCCCUGGUCGUUUCCGACUUCGCGUGGUUGAACGACAGCAUUUUCGGAGUUUGGGCAAGGCGAGACGCGAUCGAUGAUGGACGAUAUGCCCUGUCCGUGAUGAACGGCCUCGUUAAUUUCUACGAGAAGACGUUGGGCAUCCCUUAUCAACUGCCUAAACUGGACAUGGUAGCGCUGCCUGACUUCGUGUCGGGCGCAAUGGAGAAUUGGGGCCUGUUGACUUACAAGGAGAGGAACGUACUGUACAAUCACCAAUUAUCGAGCACCGCGUCGAAACAGAGCAUAAUAAACGUGAUAUCGCACGAAAUCUCUCAUCAGUGGUUUGGAAAUCUCGUCAGCCCACACUGGUGGAAGUAUUUGUGGUUGAACGAGGGUUUCGCGAGAUAUUUCCAGUACUUUGCAACUAAAAAUGAGGAACCAACCUGGUCUUUGGAAUCUCAGUUUAUCGUGGAACAGUUUCACUCGGCUUUCGAGGCAGACAGUUCAUUAUCCACACACGCUAUGACUCACGAUGUCUACAGCCCAACAGAAAUUAGAGGAAUAUUCGAUUCGAUAUCUUACGCUAAAUCCGCUAGCGUGAUAAGAAUGAUAGAGAAGGUAUUGGGUCGCGAGGAAUUCUUCGAGGCUCUUGGAAAUUACUUAAAGAAGCGGCAAUACGACGUAGCUACGCCAGAGGAUCUGUUUGAGGCGUUCAAAGAAAAAGUAACCGACGAAACAAUUAAAAACUUGUUCCUCGCCAUCAUGAAUAAUUGGACCACUCAACCCGGAUAUCCUGUCCUUUACGUUACCUUACAAAAAGAUCGUAUGAAACUCAGACAAGACAGAUUCCUCUUGAACCCGGAUGACAAAUCGCCUCAAACCACUUGGUAUAUACCUAUCAGUUGGACCAACCUUAACAAUCCAAAUUUCACUGACACGAAGCCAAAACUUUGGUUCAAUGCUACCCAAGAUAGCGUUCAAUUGCCAAGUAAACAUCUUUAUUUACUGAACGUGCAACAAUCAGGAUACUAUCGCGUGAACUACGAUUACAAAACUUGGCAAGAUAUAACCGAUUUCUUAAAGAGCGAUAAAUACUCGACGAUACACGAAAUCAAUCGUGCAGCGUUAAUCGAUGAUUUGUUAAAUCUUGGCAGAGCGGAGCAAUUGAAUUACAGCGUCGUUUUAAACGCGACGCAGUAUCUGGUCAAUGAAACGAAUUACAUACCGUGGCGAGCAUUCUUCAACGGUUUGACUUACGUACAGAAACAAUUGGAGCAAAAGGAUAAUUACAAUGCGUUCGUUCGAUACGUGACCUCACUUUUAACACCGAUAUACAACAAGCUUGGAUUUAAGGAUAAAUCAAAAGAUGAUCACGUCACGUUGUUGUUCAGAUCGCACGUUCGUAAAUGGGCAUGCAAAUUUGACGUAACGGAUUGCAAGGCGCAAGCUUUAUCUCACUUCGAUGCUUCAAACAACAGUGCAGCACUUGAAGCUAAUAUUCGCAGUGUAUCUUACUGCACGGUCGCUGAACAGAACGAUAGGCAAUUGUGGAAUCGUUUAUGGGAACUUUACACACAAUCGACAUUUUCAGCGAUAAAAUCAAUAAUUCUUCAAUCUCUAUCCUGCGCCACGGAAGAUGUCCUCCUCAAAGAUCUGCUCCAAAAGGCGGUUACGAAGAAUUCGGGAAUACGAUUCGAAGAUCGUUCGAGCGUGUUCACUUCCGUUAUCAAUUCGAGCCCGGAAGGGGUUGAAACCGUGAUAGAUUUCGUUCGAGAAAAUUAUGAUAAAAUUUACGAGCAAGUUUCCAACGUGAACAGUAUAGUGAAUGCAAUUGGAAAGAAGGUGUUCACAAACGAGCUUUACGCAAAGUACGUCGAACUGGUCAACUUGUUGGAGGAAAAGGGAUCAUUGAAAAACGCGAGAGCUUACGUGGAUAACGCGAUACGGGAAUUGAAAUGGAAUCAGAACAACGUUCCAAAGAUAUACCAAUGGCUCGAGGAAAAUUAUCCAUCGAGCAGUUACCGUUUACCGAAAUUAUUCUCUCCUUUGAGAUACGAUAUUACCCUCUCUCCUUACUUCGAGGAAAGGAACUUCACAUUCGAUGGAAACGUUAAGAUAGACAUGAAACCUAAAUCGAAUUACGUAUCUCGCAUAGUAAUACAUUCUAACAAAUUAGACAUAAAGAACGUAUCGGUGUACGAAACGAAUUCCGUUACGAAAGUGAAAAAUCCGCUACGUGUGAGCGGUGUUAGAGAAAACACGGAUACUCAGAUGCUCACGAUAUUCUUGGACACUUACGUCUCGUUCGAUAUCGUCACCCUUCAGAUCGAUUUUCUCGGCAAAUUGAACGACAAUAUGGAAGGAUUUUAUCGAAGUUAUUACACCGAUUCUAAAGGAAACGUUCGAUGGCUGGCUACCACUCAAUUUGAACCGAUUUACGCGAGGCAAGCGUUCCCCUGCUUCGAUGAACCAGCUUUCAAAGCAAAAUUCGCGAUCAGGAUCGAAAGAUAUAAGGAAGUGUAUAAUACGCUCAGCAAUAUGCCUCGAUUGGAAACUCAAACAACGGAUAAACCAGAUCGUGUUGUGGACACAUUCGAUGAAACGCCCCUGAUGUCUACAUACCUGAUAGCAUUUGUCGUCAGUGACUUCAAAUCGGUAAAAGAGACAAGCGGAAAAGAGAAGGUGAACGUUUGGGGCAGGCCGGAUAUAGUUUCGAAGGGAGAGUUAGCUGAAAUCGCGGCCAAGACCAUCCUCGAGAGCCUCUACGUGGAAACAGGACACGCGUACGAUUUGCCGAAAUUGGAUUUAAUCGGAAUUCCAGACUUUUCAAUGGGGGCGAUGGAAAACUGGGGCCUUGUCACGUUUAGGGAAUACGGAUUGUUUUACGACAAAAAUGUAACGUCGUCAAAGUAUGAGGACUAUAUAAUCACUAUAAUCGCCCAUGAGCUUGCUCACAUGAUGUUUGGAAAUCUCGUCACCUGUGAUUGGUGGGAUUACAUAUGGUUGAACGAAGGUUUCGCCGAAUUCAUGCAAUGGCGACUUGCCAAUUCGUUCCGAUCUUUCUACGGAUACAACGAUCUGUUCGUGGUUGAUGAACUCCAAGUAGCUAUGCAGAACGAUGCUUCAGAAUCGACCCAUCCCAUGAUUAAUCCGGUCAGCAAGCCUGCCGAAAUCUCCAAGAUUUUCGACAGUGUUACUUACGGGAAGUCAUCCAGCGUAAUACGAAUGAUACAGAAAUCAUUGAAGCCAGAAACGUUUCGCCGCGCUGUGAAUUUAUAUUUAACCGAACGUCGAUUCAACACUUCGACCCCGAACGAUCUUUGGAGCGCUUUCGAUAAAGCUAUCAAGGAGACGAAUGAUCUAGAUCAUUGGCAGAUCGAUAUGAAAACGUUGAUGCACGGUUGGACCAAUCAGCGAGGAUAUCCCGUCGUUUAUGCAACAUUGAAGGCCAACACGAUAACGUUGACUCAGAAAAGUUUCAACACGAACGAAAUAAUCGACGAUUUCUACGUACCCAUCACCAUGACCACCGGCUCCCAACUCGAUUUCGAGACAACUUGGACCAGCAUUUGGUUGAACAGCGGGCCGAGAACUCUUCACCACCCGAAUCCGAGCGAGUGGUUCGUCCUGAACGUUCAACAGAGCGGUUACUACAGGGUGAAUUACGACGUUGAUUCGUGGAGGAAGUUGAUCGACGCGUUGAACAAAACCGAUCACAGCAGGAUAGACGUGACGAAUCGGGCCCAAAUCAUCGACGAUCUGUUGAAUUUGGCACGGGCUGGCCACGUCGAUUACGAGGUCGCUCUCAACGGAACCACGUAUCUGCGGAACGAGAAGUACUACAUACCGUGGAAGGCGUUUUUCAACGGGUUCAAUUUCAUCCUGCAACGUUACCAAGGGCAGAAAGGGGAGGACUCGAUCAAACGAUACGCCUUGAUUUUGGCCAAUGGCAUGUACGAGAAAAUCGGUUUCGUCGAUGACGAGAUGGAGAGCCAUUCCGAUCAUUUGAGUCGAGAUCUCAUCCUUAGCUGGAUGUGCAGACUGGGCCAUAAGAAUUGCGUGAACACGUCCGUCGAGUUGUUCGCCAAUUGGAUGAAGAAGGGAAAUUCGAUUUCGCCGAAUGCGAGAGCGGCGGUUUAUUGUACAGCUAUAAGGGAAGGAAAUCAAGAGAAGUGGGAAUUCCUAUGGGAGGAGUAUCGAAGCACGAACUUUGCUUCUGAGAAGAAAAUUAUACUUGAUGCUCUUGGUUGCUCCAGUGAUAAGGAGACAUUGAACUCAUAUCUCAGAACUGCACUGGUUAAUCAAUCUUCUAUCCGAAAACAGGAUAUUAAUACUGUGUUUGCUUCCAUUUAUAAUUCAGGGGAAUUCGGGGUGGACACGAUGAUAGAUUUCCUAAUAAAUAAUUAUAAAAUGUUACACAAUUACUAUGAUAAUUGGGAAGGCGUCCAAGAUUUAAUUUCUAAACUGGCGCCUAAGAUUUCCACACAAAAUCAACUUGCAAAGCUGAAAGAAUUGAAUAACAAAGAAAGUGACAUCUCGAUCAUAACGAACAGCAUCGAUUCCAUGGUUGAAAUCGCUAUGGAAAACAUGAAAUGGUACGAGAAGUAUUCGGAACAGAUUAACACAUGGUUCAACCACACAAUUCAUAGGAUGGAACCUGACGAUGGGAAUGCAGCUACCUCAAUUGUCCCGAAUAACUUAGCCAUAACUUUUGUGACAGUAUUCUCGUUAUUCGGCUACUUGUUGUUAAAUCAAUAAAGAGCAGGGGCACACGAAUGUACAAUUUUUUUGUGUACAAAAUUUUCGAACGAAUAUUGUUAUAUAUACCAAUUUUGUAAAUUAUAUUUUAUGAAUAUUAAAUGAUUUGUAACGCUGUGCUUGUUUUUAAUAAGUGAAAUAAAGUUAUGUAUUUGACUUCAGUCAUUUUAUAAGUACAA